AUGCCCCAGAAUGGCGCGUUUUCGCUGUCGAAGCAGGAAACGCUGGGGGAGGAAAUUGAGAUGAGGUCUGCUGUCCAUCUCGAAGACGAGAACGUCGGCCCUGAAGCCCCUUUGAUCUCGGGAGAUACUGCUCUUGCCCCUGACCACGGUGACAAUGGCAAAAGUGCAGCGAGCAAGCCGAAUCCGCACCCUUCCGGAUCCAAAUUUCUAUGGAUGCUCACCUUCGCGGCCUGCAUCAGCGGUCUCCUGUUCGGCUAUGAUACCGGAGUCAUCAGCGGAACCCUUGUUUCUGUCCGAUCAGACCUCUCUGCUCGACCUUUGACAACCCUCGACAAGUCCCUGAUCACAUCCUGUACAGCACUGUUUGGGCUUAUAGCAAGUCCCUUUGCGGGUAUACUGGCGGACAAAUGGGGUCGGAAGGUUGUCAUACUUAUAGCAGAUGGCCUGUUUACUGCCGGAGCUUUAUGGCAGGCUGUGACUGGCACCGUAUGGGGGAUGAUCCUUGGGCGGAGCAUUGUGGGUCUUGCUAUCGGAGGAGCAAGUCUGAUUGUUCCGUUAUACAUUUCAGAGCUGGCCCCAGGCCAUAUUAGGGGUAGACUCGUUACUGUUUCUCUCCUCUUCAUCACUGGCGGCCAGGUCGUUGCAUACAUUGUAGGAUGGGGCUUCUCGACCAUUCCAGCAGGAUGGCGCUGGAUGGUCGGGCUUGGAGCUGUACCCGCAGUCUUCCAAUUUGCACUACUGACGUUGAUGCCGGAAACACCUCGAUGGCUCAUCAAAGCUAGAUGUGAAGAACGUGCAAAGCGCAUUCUCGAGAAGGUCUAUCACGACGAGAGAUAUCCGACAGAGGACGCAGUAUCCUACACGCUGCAAGCCAUUAAAUCAGAAAUCCUAGAAGAAGAACAUGCAAGUCUAGCGAGCCCGAAAUCCUCGUCGAUCCUCCCGCCAACGUUUUCGUCCCUCCUCUUCCACCCGCCACACGCCCGAGCACUUACGAUAGCCUGCCUACUGCAAGGCUUACAACAACUCUGCGGCUUCAAUUCUCUAAUGUACUUCUCUGCCACGAUAUUUUCUAUUCUUCGCUUUUCUUCACCAACUCUCAUCUCCCUAAGCAUUGCAGUCACCAACUUUCUGGCCACCAUCGCCGCUUUCUACCUGAUCGACCGUGUCGGGCGGCGCAGAAUCCUCCUCUAUACCAUUCCGGGCAUGGUUAUAGCUCUCCUCCUCUGCGCGUUCGCAUUCACAUUUAUCAACCUCGCUCCACCAACAGAUCAGCAAGGCACCGUAGCUGGCUCCUCUACACCCUCUCGCCUGCCUGCUGUUGCAAUUCUCAUCUCCCUCCUCCUGUACGUGAUUCCUUACGCUACUGGCCUCGGUCCAGUUCCCUGGCAGCAAUCCGAGCUUUUCCCACUUUCUGUCCGCAGCCUCGGCUCCUCGCUCUCCACCUCCACCAACUGGCUUUGCAAUUUUGUUGUUGGCGUGACUUUUCUCCCGAUGAUGGACGUGCUGACGCCGUUUUGGACAUUCGCAACGUAUGCGGGCGUAUGUGCAUUGGGAUGGGUGGCUGUUUGGGCAAUCUAUCCAGAGACUAUGAACAUGGAUCUGGAGGAUGUGGGUGAGCUAUUGAAAGAUGGCUGGGGUGUGAGAGAGAGCUUAAGGAGAGUGGAGCAGAGGAGGGCGGCAGGAUGUAUGGAUCGGGUGGGAGGUUAG